AGAGAGGGGGAGGGAAGAGCGACGCAAUGGCAGAACUGAAGCACAUACUAGUACACAGAGCGGAAUGAGAACUAGUUGGGGAUGGCGGACAAACCUCCGACGGUGUUUGUGAAGCUUUUCGCCGCCGGCUUUUACGGACUAAGCUCGUUUCUCAUCGUGGUAGUGAACAAGAAUGUGCUAACCCACUACAGGUUCCCGUCGUCGAUUUGCGUGGGUAUCGGGCAAAUGUUGGCCACUGUGCUUGUCCUUUGGGUGGGCAAGGCUGCGAGGGUGAUCAGCUUCCCGGACUUGGACCAGAAAGUACCUCGCAAGACGUUUCCUCUACCUCUCCUUUAUGUGGGCAAUCAAAUUACGGGUCUGUGCGGAACCAAAAGGCUCAAUUUGCCCAUGUUUACUGUCCUCAGGAGGUUCUCCAUCUUGUUCACAAUGCUGACUGAGGGAUUUCUGCUUAAGAAGAAAUUCUCCAGGUCAGUCCAGCUGACGGUAUUUACAAUGAUCCUCGGUGCCGUCAUAGCUGCAAGUGCCGACAUGUCCUUUGACCUGCAAGGCUACGUUUUCAUUCUCCUCAACGACUUGCUCACCGCUGCCAACGGCGCGUACAUGAAGCAGAAAUUAGAUGCAAAGGAGCUGGGCAAAUAUGGCUUGUUGUAUUAUAAUGCAUUAUUCAUGAUCCUGCCCACUCUGCUGUUGGCUCAAGUGACUGGAGACGUGCAGAAGGUUAUGGCAUAUGACGGCUGGUCAGAUGCCUUCUUCCUCAUACAGUUUCUCCUCUCCUGCAUCAUGGGGUUUGUCCUCAUGUACUCCACAGUGUUGUGUACACUGUACAACUCUGCGUUGACCACCACCAUUGUGGGAUGCAUCAAGAAUGUCCUGGUGACAUACAUUGGCAUGGUGUUCAUCGGGGACUACAUCUUCUCCUGGACGAACUUCAUAGGUUUGAAUAUCAGUAUUGCAGGCAGCUUGGUGUAUUCCUACAUCACUCUAAGAGAGGAGCAGCCCAACAAGGCCAGUGAAAGCACCAAAAUGGAAAUCAAGGGCAAGGUUGUUGUAUGACACUGGCUUCUUUUACCUCCUUUUUUAUACAGUGUACAACUUAAGUGUUUUAUUUUUUUAUUUAUGACAAGAAGCAAAGUCAAGGGAACUGAUGGUUGCCUCCUGUUGCUACCAUAGUUACAAGAUUUUUUUAAGAAGGUAUUUUCUUUAUAUUUGUAUUGUAAUAUUGUUGGGGUUGAAAAGGGAGACAUAUUUGACAUUCCUGGAGAUGUUACAGAAUAUAUACACAAACGGUCAGCUGUUAUUUUAUGAUCUUCUAGCUGUUGACAAGAAUGUAACAUUGGAUGCCUUCAAUGCAUUGACACUGUCAAACGGUGCACUCUUAAUAGUCGGUUACAUUGUGUUUGCACAUGCACUGUUACACACAGCCUCCGCUUUAGCUUUGGGAGAUGGUACAAUUAAUGCUCCAUGAUGUAUGCGUGUAUGUGUGUGUGGUGGGCUCUCUAUGCAGUAACGGUACAGGUUAAAGCUACACUCCCGUCAGUGCACUUUUAUCUGAGCGCUCUGCCUUUUUUGGGGGGUUUAACUUGGUUAGCCACAUUUUUAAUAGUCUGCUGCAAUUUUUAAGACUUUGAAUUCUGUAGCAGAAAUGCCUGUGAAUUUGAUUUCGGUGUGGAUUUGUACAACAACAUAUUUAAAAUGUGAUGGGCAUGUCAGCACAUUUUGAAUAAAAAGAUGAGCCACUUGCUCUUUUUCCAGGUUUGCUGUGCUCGCUUCACAUUUGUUUCCAUUUUUGUCCACUGAAGGUUGACAGCAAUCACAAGACAAGUACAGAUGACAGUCGAUGACAGUCCAUACUGUAUUUCCCUUAAGGUCAAGUCACAAUAUGUUCAAGUUGAUUUACAUUCAUGUUUCCUGAGUAAGAACAUAGACAUGUAGACCAUUUACACAACUUUUGACCUUAAGACAAUCUUAUUUUCCGCAGUAGAGCUUAAAACAGUCAACUUUACAUACAUCGUAAAAAUGUCUAAUAUUGCAUUGGUGUUGCCAUUUAUCUGUGUCCCAGAUGCAGUCCAAGGUCAAAUAUCACAUGAUCAAGGAAAACCGCACCUUUUUUCACAACCCCAUGUGGGACAUGAACACACCUUUCUCUUUUCUGAGCUUUCUAAAGAUAAAGAGAGUGCGCUAAGAAUGCACAUAGAGGGUCAUCCUAGUACUUGCAUUAAUGAGUUACCACUUUUUACAGCUUUACAUUGCACAGGAAAGAGAAAGACAUGUUCAUGUCUCAUAAGGAUAGUGGAUGUUGGGCAAAACAAAAAAAAAAGGGCAGUUUUCCUUUAAUGCUUUCAAUGUGUCUCCCUCAUGCCAACAGCAGGGGGAGUCCCAAGACAAACAAACUUAUAAUUCCUAGCCUUGCCCCAUUCAUUCUGACAUAACCUGUUGAGGGCCCACCAAGUUAGCACCAAAACAGAUCCCAACCACUGCAGCUCAGUACCCACAUCGACUACUGUCUCUACUUGCAAUGUACACAUUUUUAAUCAAUCAUUUAAACGUUUUUGAUAUACACGUGGUCGUUGGGUUAUUUCCAAGUUCCGUUCCUAAACUCCUAAGUCACUCCCAUUGUACACAGAACACACGGACAUAUAAAAUACAAUAAUCAAAUUGGAAUAAAAAGGAGAACAACACCUGCCCUGCCCUUACAAAUAAAACAAAAUCAGACUACUUUGCUUUGUUAUUACUGUCGCUUUCAUAUGAGCACUUGCUUUAACAUGUUGAAGGAUACGAGCAUUAUCCUUCUAAUGGAGUUUUGCCUUCAAAGAGCUUUGAUGUUCAUUUUUAUUU